GAUAGAUGGGUAUCACCGGCAUGUGAUCAGGCUGCAGACUCUCUAUGCGCAGCCUCUUAUACCUGACAGACCCUCCUGAAACAGAACAAUGUGAUCUGGCGCAGAUGAGCCGUCGCUCCUGUGGACUAACUGGAGUGAACUCGCUUAUCAUUUAGGAGAUGAUGGGGAUGAAGGUGAUGAUGAAGAGUCCGGCUGUUUUUAUCUGCGAACACCGCCAACUUUCACUCCCUCUCUUCUUCUUUUUCUUUUUCUACUUCUCCGUGUGUCUUUAAAGCGCAACAGCAUGCAGAUCUCCCCGAGUGAAGUCAAGAUCCCAGUCGUGGGUCCAACCCCAAGCCCUCAGAGCAUCGGAGAAGGCCUUUGCUUUUCUGAUGGCCGACGGAAAGUUGACUACGUUUUGGUCUUUCAGCGGCGGCGGCACAGCUCCAUACGAUCUCAUGCCAGCACCUCAGUUUCACAUGACAGGUUAUCCAUUGUUUCCAAUGGCAACUUUCCCCCGUCGGUGGGCUCAGAUGCGGCGGCAGGAAGAGGAGGCGCCAUACUGGGAGGAGAGGCUAGUGUCGGCGAGGUGUUCAUGGAGCUUGGAGGUGCGGGAGGGAACGAGCCAACGGAUCCUGCUGACAAUGAGAUGCGUCUAAUCAGACAGGAAUUUGAAGCCAACCUGCUGGAGGCCGGCCUGGAGAUAGAGAGAGACAGAGAGUUAAAGACCCACGGCCCCAGCUUCACUCGUCUCCACGCGCCCUGGCCGGUACUGUGUCGAGAGGCCGAGUUUCUCAAGAUUAAAGUCCCCACCAAGACGAGUUAUGAGCUUAAAGAGGAAAGUGGUUUUGGGUCCGCUAUGAGCACAAUGUGGAGGAAAAUGAACCAGCCUUUCCAGCCCAAAGUACCACAUCAGGACCACGAACGCACCAAGUUUCUCUCACACUGCUUCUCCAGGGACAAACUCCAUCUGUACAACAUCACAUCUAAAGACACAUUCUUUGACAACGCCACAAGGGGCCGAAUAGUAUAUGAGAUCCUGAGACGGACCGUGUGUGUACGAACCUGUCAAACCAUAGGCAUCAGCACGAUGAUAGCUAAAGGCGUGUAUGACUCGGCCUUCCCUCUCCAUGAUGGUGACUACAAGGUCACUGGACACCUUGAGGAGAAGAGUGACAGACAGGUUCUUCACGAGGAGUGGGCCAGAUACUCGGCCUUUUACAAGUACCAGCCCAUUGAUCUUGUCAGGAAGUACUUCGGCGAGAAGAUCGGUCUUUACUUCGCCUGGCUCGGUGUAUACACCCAGCUGCUGAUACCAGCCUCUAUAGUGGGAAUCAUUGUGUUUUUCUUCGGGGUGGCAACAGUGGAGACUGAUAUACCCAGCCAGGAAAUGUGUAACGAGAGUCUCAAUUUCACCAUGUGUCCUCUGUGUGACGGAGUCUGUGACUUCUGGCACCUCAGCACCGCCUGCGGCACAGCCAGAGCCUCACACCUCUUCGACAACCCCGCCACUGUCUUCUUCGCCAUCUUUAUGUCUCUGUGGGCGGUCCUGUUCCUGGAGCACUGGAAGCGCCGUCAGAUCAGUUUGAGCUUCAGUUGGGAUCUGACCGGCAUCGAGGAGGACGAGGAACAUCCCAGGCCAAAGUACGAAAACAUCCUCCUUCAGAAGAGACAGCGGAAGCAGAAAAAUAAGAAAAAGAAGAAGAAGAAUGAGCUGGACCUGACUGUCAACAGUACUAAUGGAAAGCCAGACAAGCCGGAGGACGGGACAGAGACAGGGAAGGACAGAUGGAGACAAAAACUACUGUCUGCCAUGGCUGCAGGAAUACCGGCUGCCAUAGAGAAGUUGACCUGGAAAGACCGUCUUCCUGGAUACUUCAUCAACAUUUCCUCUAUCCUCUUUAUGUUUGGCUUGACGUUUUCAGCAGUUUUUGGCGUCAUCAUCUACCGCAUCACAGUGUCGGCCCUGAUGGCGAUGAGCCCCGACCCGGAGACCAAAUCCAACGUCCGGGUGACGGUGACGGCCACUGCGGUCAUCAUCAACCUAGUGGUCAUUCUGAUCCUCGAUGAAAUCUACGGCGCUGUGGCGUUGUGGCUGACUGAGCUAGAGAUUCCCAAAACAGAAACCGACUUUGAGGAGCGUCUCAUCCUGAAAGCCUUCUUGCUCAAGUUUAUGAACGCAUACGCACCCAUCUUCUACGUGGCUUUCUUCAAGGGACGGUUUGCUGGUCGGCCUGGAAAUUACGUUUAUGUCUUUAAUGAUUACCGGAUGGAAGAGUGUGCGCCAGGGGGCUGCCUCAUUGAGUUGUGCAUUCAGCUCAGCAUCAUCAUGCUGGGGAAGCAGCUGAUCCAGAACAACAUCUUUGAGAUCGGCAUCCCGAAGUUGAAGAAGUUGGUGCGUGCGAUAAAAGAUAAAGGAUCAGCAGAGAAGAAGAGUGAGCAGGAGAGGCCUCCACAGCAGUGGAACCUGGACUACGCCCUGGCUCCCUUUGAAGGCCUCACACCUGAGUACAUGGAGAUGAUCAUCCAGUUUGGUUUCGUCUCUCUGUUCGUGGCUUCAUUCCCGCUUGCUCCUCUCUUUGCUCUGCUCAACAACGUCAUCGAGAUCAGACUGGAUGCCAAGAAGUUUGUUACAGAGCUACGCAGGCCAGUCGCCGUACGUGCUAAAGACAUCGGUAUAUGGUACAACAUACUGAGUGGAAUGGGAAAAUUUUCAGUCAUUAUAAAUGCCUUUGUGAUCUCCUUCACAUCAGACUUCAUCCCUCGGCUUGUCUACCAGUACAUGUUCAGCCAGACGGGCACCAUGCAUGGCUUCAUUGACCACACGCUAUCCUACUUCAACGUGUCUAAUUUUAAACCUGGCACGGCACCGCAGAACUCGGAGCACGGAGACAUCAUCGUCUGCCGGUAUAAGGACUACAGGGAACCCCCGUGGUCUCCGGAUGCGUACAUGUUCUCCAAACAGUACUGGUGUGUCCUGGCUGCAAGACUGGCUUUCGUCAUAGUGUUCCAGAAUCUGGUGAUGUUCCUGAGCCUCGUGGUCGCCUGGGUGAUCCCCGACACUCCCAAAACCAUCAUGGAGCAGCUCAAACGGGAGAAGAAGCUCCUGGUGGAUGUCUUCUUACGGGAAGAGAAGGAAAAAUUCCAGCUCAUCCAGAGCCUCUUCUCCAAGGACACCACCCUCCAACCGGGCGGCCACGUGCUCCACCCGGGUCAGGGCCUCCCCAUCCCGGGCCGCUACAGUACUCUACCCUCAGGACCAAAGCAGGGCUUGGCCGGAGACAGGGGAGGAGAAGGGCCCAGGGCGAGGUGUAGGGCGGCCAGCUUCAGCCAAUUCACCAGAAACAUUCCCUCGUCGCCCAGAAAUGAAAACGAGAAUUCCAGACACACGGCGGUGUGACAUGUAACACACACAUCUGUAGGGGUGCUUCAGCUGGGCCUCAGGACUGGAGAACAUGUUGCUCGGGUGAUUCAGUCUGUGAAUGUCUCUCACUGUGUCUUUAGUGUCCUGGCGUGUGUGACACAGUAGUGCUGUAAUUUAAAAAAAAAAACGCAGCACAUGUUUGAAGAAAUUUGAGUUCAUUGGUCUCAGUGUGGAAUGUCCACACUGGCUGAAUGGGUGUCUGUGUGUUGUUCCUCCUUGCACCGACUGUUCACCUGAUAAAGUAAUAUAAUUUUUACUUUUUGGUAAAAAUACAUUAUUUAGCGAGGCACACUUGCUUCAUAGCGUAGACAAGCAAUAAUUACUGUAUUAGGCUGAACAAAUGAAUAUUACAAGAACCCAGAAAAGACUGAAGAUAAUGAAAAGACUAUUAAGAAAUGGACAGAUUCAACACAGAUGGAUUAAUGGACACUGGCUCAUUAGUAGGGCUGGGGACUAUCAGACUUUUCCUGCUUUAUGUGCUUAUGCUCUUUAUGUAUUUUUGUUUUUAACAGAAUUUGUAGCAGCUCCAACAUUCCACAUUUUCUGUAUUUUUCAAUACAUGGUACUGAAAGCACACGCGAGCCUCCAAGAAGAGCAAAUCAUUUUCUUUUACACCAUUUACUGUUUCAGCUCUGUAGAAUUCAGGAAUCACUUUGAAUCAUUUUCAUACGUCAGCCCCCGCGUAUUCGGAUUAGGGAUGCUCAUGCCAAUGUGGCACACUGUUGUAUGGCACUCAUAGAUUCCAGUCCAGUGUAUACUUUUAGAAAUAGGUGAUCUGUGAAGCUAAUUUUUUUCCUGUUAGCCAUAGGGACUUUUACAGCUUUUACAUAACCUCUAAAUGCUAAGAGGAAGCCAACUCUUUAGCAAACUGUGAAUGGGAGUGAGCUAGAAAUGAUCUCAGUUUUUUAUUGUCUAGGGAACAAAUACUUCAUCAGCAUUCCUUCAUUAUGAAAUACCACACUGUAAUCUCUGACAUACUUGGAGGUAAGUAAUAAACUUAAGUAAUGAACUUACUGGUGUCACGCAACCAUUGGCAGCCAUGUUGGAAAUCUUCAGGAACACAGGCUGUGAAGAGAUUUUAUUUUGUACAACUGGGCCAUCUGUUUGUGACUGAUACAUCUGAUUGAUUUUAGGUUUAGAUAAUUUCAGCUUGUUAGCUAGCUAACAUACUAUCCGGUCUAACUAUCACUGUAUAGUUGUUAACAACUUAUUAUCAUACUGAUUGAAUUAGCUUUUGUAUGUUACAGUCAAACUGAAGAUUGAAUUCUCCAUUUUUUGUGUAAGGAAACAUAAGCUAUAAUGACACUGCAUUUCCAUUUUUCAAGAAACGGAUAAAUGUUAGUGGGAACGGUUCUGGGCAGGCGGUUCUUUUGGCAACGUUUAACAGACAUUCGGGGCUAGGAAACAUGUCGCCUACAAACAUUGAUGCAAAACAUUUUUACCUGCUUUCUCACCAUGUUGAUGAACUAGUUACUGAAAAAUCUGUCCCUGUUCAGUUGAAAUUGAAUUUCAUUCAGCACUGGAAACCAGCAAGCUAAGCUGACUAGCUUCUUACCUGGGAAAUGGAAGCUAAUUAGCCUAGCUUAUUAAAAGAAAGAAGGGGGUCCAGCUAGCUGUCAGUUAUGGUAAAUGACCAACUUGUCAAAUCUCACAGCAAGUAAUAUACGGAAUCUCGGAAUAACGUAUGGAAUGCUAAAAUAACAACAUCAGCUCACCACCUGUUGGAAUUGAAAUCAUAUUACGAAAACAAUUUUUACACCAGAUAUUGGGCCGCUCACGUUACCAGUAAUGACAUUGUUAGUCAGAACCAAAUAGCCAUGCCCCCACUACACAAAUGUAACUAAAGCUAAAAUUAAUAAAACUUAAAUUUCUUAAAAAGUCUAAGCAAACACAAAGGAUAUAAUUGUUUAUGCUUAUUUCUUAGCCUAAAUUAAUUUUAAUUUCAGUUUAAACUUAAGCAUGGAGGGGUCAAGACACCUGAUUAUGGUGCGGAAGUGUCAGUCCUGCUGCCAAUGUGUCCUGCAGACACUGGGUGAGCAACUUCGAUUGGAAUGUAUGGGUACCAUCUUGAAACACCGUAUCAAGAUCUUGUUAUGGUGUUAACAUGCCGACAUGCCGUAAACCUUCAGUAGCCUACUGUUUCAGAGGCCUUAUAACUGCUCUUAUAUUUUCAAUACAAUCAGAUCUGUCUGGUAGGUUAGGACUCAGUGACAGAUUGUCAACUUUAAAUGUAUUCACAUGGACUUCAGGAGAUGGAAAUUGUGAUAGUGGUGUCAUACUAGUUUUUGUCAUUCAAGAAGAGAAAUGUCCAUCCUUACCUUAUGUAAGCUGGUGUAGAAGUUCUUAAAUACAUGAUUGUUGGAUGGAUUAUGAAAUUAUUUUACAUGUUGUGUGAUAUCUUUGCUUUUAUCUCAUUGGUCUGUUUUUUUGUUUUUGAAUUUUUUUGGCCUUUUUUGACCAGGUAGUGGGAUUACCUGGACAAAAGAAAAGUCUUUAGAAAACAAUAAACAUACAAGCCUGAAGCAGAUUCCUGCGCUUACCAGAUUGUGGCAUUUCAACCAUUUUGACAGCAAUAUAUUCAGAUAAUCCUUCAUGUACAGACAUUGAAAUGCUUUUGUUAAUUACCAUCAUAUUUGUCAUGAUCUCUGGUGCCUGUUUCUUCUUGUAGGCUACUUUGGCUGUAGAUGGGUUGAGGGUAGAUGAAAUUUGUGUCUGAGCUUGUCUUGCCUGGAAUUUCCUUGGCAACCAGUAGAUCAGGUGCAUAAAAAUGCCAGUUGGUUGAAGGGUGAAUCCUGCCAAAAUCUUCUGUUGCUGACCCUGCGUUUUCCCAUCUCAGCUUUCCUACCGGUUGUAAUGGUUAAGAAGAAAAACAAAAGCAGGUUUUUGUAAAAAUAUACUUUAAGCUGGGAAACACUAUAAUCACAUUUAAAGUCCCUUUAUAAACCAUGAAAACUCGUAUAUUUUUCUCACGAGUUGGGGGAGACCAGAAAAGUAAUAAAAGAGUGAAUAUCGAACUGUAUUUUUCAAGUGUGCAGUAACACAACUCCAUUUGGAUGCUCUUGAUGCAUUGUGCCUGCCAAAUGUUUAAGUAGGAAACUCCUUCCGAAAACAAGAGAGAGUUUGAGAGUAUUUCUGCCACCUAGUGGUCACAAACUGCUCAGGGCAGCUUUAAAUGCCUCAUCUUAUGAUUGAGCCUUUGACCACUACAUCACUCAAAGAGUUUUCAACCAGUUGGUGACUAGUUUAUGAUGAUACUCUGCAAAAGUCAUUCCUACAUGUGUGAUAUUGUGAUAUACCAAGUCUUUUCAAAUCUGGUUAGGAUUAGGCUUCAAGUGGGUUACGGUACCCUUUUUCCCAUGAAGUUAUGAAUCAAGACAUAAUGAGCAAUCUCACAGCUGUAAGCAAAGUUAAUUCAUACGGUUUUUAAACAUCUACCUCUCACUGACAUUUGCAGCUUAGAUUAGGUUGUGAAGUAAUUCUUUUUUUAUGUUUGUGGAAUUGCAUUUUCCCCUCCUUGUACACUGAUGAUAUCACAAUUGAAGGUUGUCAUUUUUAUGCACCGUGAUCACUGAACAGCUACGCAAUGAUACACAAUGCAGUCAUUGAAGACAGCUGGGAACUGGGAGUUAUAGCCUGAUGGAUUUAUAUUCAUUGUGCUGGACAAAAUCCCUUCAGGUGUCUCCCAGAUGUGUUCAUAGUUUUAGGGCAACUGAUAAGAUAGCAGUGGUUUAGAGUAGGUAGAAGCUAUAGAAAAAGCAAUAUGUAACACAUUGGACAUGCUUUUUUUGUAAUAUGAUGUACUGUAAAAAUCCCAUAUCUCUUAAAGUAAAUGAGUGUAUGUCACAUUGUA